UCGAAUUCUAUUCCACUUUUAGUAUUAAUUUUCUCUCUUUAUCGUCACAAUCGAGUGGGAUCUGCUAUAUAAAUUUUUACAACGGAGUCAUUAAAGUGUACUUUCGUAAGUUUCGUUGAGGUGAAAGCAACUCUCUAAAGUCGAGGAGAAAUUUGUUAUAAAAAAUGAGUCCGAAACGGCCUAAAACACGAACGGUGUUUUUGUACUGUGAUGUACCAUCAAUGCCCGAUUUUAGACCUCCUGUUGGAAUGCCACAUUGUCCACCGAUUCAUCCAAGUCCACCUCCAGUUCAUCCUCAUCCUUGUCCACCACCGAUUCAUCCUCAUCCUUGUCCACCACCGAUUCAUCCUCAUCCGUGUCCACCACCAACUUAUCCAGGACCUCCAAUUCAUCCAUGUCCACCAAUUCAUCCUGGACCUCCAAUUCACCCAGGACCCCCAAUUCAUCCAGGUCCACCAACUCAACCUUGCCCAUGCCCACCUACAAAACCAUGUCGUCCACAUUCUGGAAAAGAUUCAUCUUCGAGUUCAUCUUCAAGUAGCUCAUCGUCCUCUUCAUCAUGUUCUUCGUCUUCUGAUGAUAAGAAAGGAAACAAAGAAGGACAAUGGCCUUGCCAUAACCAUCAUUGCCGCGAUGUUUGGGCUUUGGUUCUUUUGGCGAAACGAUCGAAAGGUGACAAGAAACUUUGCCAUAGGGGACAUAAAAAAUUGAACAAGAAAGAAGAGUGUAGGAGAAAAGUUGAGAUACACCAUUUAAAUCAGUUUUGUCAACAGUGUAGAAAUGCAUGUAUGACAGGUCAAGUUUCUGUUAGUAGGAAGCUGGUUAAAAGAUAUAGGAAGGAACGUAAAGGAAAAUCACGUAAACAUAAGAAAUAAAAUGUGUUGUUGAUGUAAUUUUUAAAAUUUCUUGUAGUGUGUUA